GCUGCAUCGAUCCCAUCCAUAAUUCACUUUACUUUUAUAUUCCAUGAGUUUUGUUUUUAUUCAAAAUAGUACAUGCAAACUGAGGGUGACGAUAACAUAACCAAAUCACCCAUUCCCUUUAUAAAUACCCCUUCACUUCGUGAUCCUUUAAGAUCAAACCUCAUAAACUAUCGAAAGAUGUCCGCAACGCGGUUAUCAAACAGCGGUAGUGGCGGCGGGAGCAGGUGGUGUCCGACACCCGAGCAAGUGAUGUUGUUAGAGGGAAUGUAUAGAGGAGGCUUGAAAACACCAACGGCAUCACAAAUACAACAAAUAACAGCAAGGCUCUCUCUUUAUGGCAAAAUUCAAGGAAAAAAUGUGUUUUAUUGGUUUCAAAAUCAUAAAGCGCGAGAUCGACAGAAAGUUCGAAAGAAACUCUUGGCUAUGUAUCAACACCAGCGUCUUUUAACUUCUUACAACUCACCUUGUUAUCAUCCCUUUCCCAUUCAGGAUGGUGCUGUAGUUGAAGAUAAUAUAUCAAGCAGCAAAAAAAACAUGGUCAACGAAUGGAAUGUAGAUGAUCAGACCAGUUGCAAGAAGGUCAUGUGUGAUUGCUCAUUCAUGACAGUGAUGAUGAUGGAGAGUACAAGUCCAUAUUGCACAAGAGUACCACCCAAAACCCUACAACUCUUUCCAACCACACCAGCACAAACUCUAAACCCUAGUCAACCUAAGUGAAAUGGACAAGACUGAACCUUUGACAUUAGGGUUAGAUUUUCGAGAAGAUUAUUAGGGCAUCAAAUAAUAUUAAUUCCUAGUAGGUUGUUUGUUCUUGUAAUGAGUUGUAAAUUGUGUAAUAAAGAUUGUACCUUGGUGUAGGUAAUGUGUUGUGACUUGUGGGUUUCUGUUAUGUCACUAGACGUUUGCGUGACAGUGGUAGUACUAUAUAAAGAAAAAUGAAAGAUCUGAAUUGCCAUA